AUGGCCACGGUGACAGCGUCAGCUGCCCCCGGAGCCGGAGGAGCGGGAGCCGGGAAUCCGAGCCCGCCACUGGCGGCAUCCGCUCGCAGGGACUUCUACUGGCUGCGCCCCUUCGUGGCGGGAGGCGUUGCAGGAUGCUGUGCCAAAACUACCAUCGCACCUUUGGAUCGAGUAAAGAUCUUACUACAGGCACAUAAUCACCAUUACAAACAUUUAGGAGUGUUUUCUGCAUUGUAUGCUGUCCCAAAAAAGGAAGGCUAUCUUGGGCUAUAUAAAGGAAAUGGAGCAAUGAUGAUUAGAAUCUUCCCAUAUGGUGCAAUACAGUUUAUGUCCUUUGACCAUUAUAAAAAGUUAAUUACCACAAAACUUGGGAUUUCUGGACAUAUAAACCGGCUAAUGGCUGGCUCCAUGGCAGGUAUGACACCAGUCAUCUGUACUUACCCGCUUGACAUGGUUAGAGUUCGCCUGGCGUUCCAGGUGAAAGGAGAACACACAUACACAGGGAUUAUCCAUGCAUUCAAAACAAUUUAUGCAACGGAAGGCGGCUUUCGUGGGUUUUACAGAAGACUGAUGCCUACUAUUGUAGGAAUGGCUCCCUAUGCAGGGGUUUCAUUUUUUACUUUUGGUACUUUAAAGAGUGUUGGUCUCUCCCAUACUCCUACCUUGCUUGGAAGACCUUCAUCAGACAACCCUAGUGUCUUAGUUUUGAAAACGCACAUAAAUUUGCUUUGUGGUAUUGUCGCUGGAGCAAUAGCACAGACAAUAUCUUAUCCACUUGAUGUAACCCGUCGGGGAAUGCAAUUAGGAACUGUUCUCCCAGAUUCUGAAAAGUACCUUACAACGUUGAAGAUACUGAAGUAUGUCUACUGACACCAUGGGAUUCGAAGAGGACUCUAUCGAGGCCUGUCUCUUAACUACAUUGGCUGUGUUCCCUCACAAACUGUGGUGUUCACAACCUAUGAGCUCAUGAAGCAGUUUUUGCACCUCAACUGA